AUGCACAAUAAAUCCGGCGUCCGCAGCGCUCGAGACCGCCGGUCAGACCGCCUCAGCAUUGCCAAGGACAAUCUUGAAGCCGACCUGCGGGGGCUGAUGCGUGACCAGGAGAGCGGGAUUGGUUUCCCCCAGACUCAGGGCCUGGGACUUGAUGCCAUUCUGUCUUCAAGACAACCGCUCCCCGCUCCUAAAAUGUGCACAGAAUCCAAGUCUUCUUUCCCAGCAAUAUCCAGCUCCGGCGACGCGGAGCUCCGCGGCCUGGACGGGGAGAUCGCUGCGCUCUCCGCCAAGGUGCAGGCGCUGCAGCAGAGCUGCCGGCAGAUGGAGACGGAGCUGAGGGACCUGAACAGCUCCAUGACAACCCCCGAGAUGGCCAGGGAGGUCGAGGGGCUGAGGAAGGACUGCGCGAGUUACGCGGAGAAACUGGAGAGGAUUAAGUCGGCCGCCAACCACGUGACUCCGGAAGAAAAAGAGAAGGUCUGCAGCGAGCAGAAGCUGUACUGCAAGGAGUGGCGGAGGAGGAAGCGAAUGGCGACCGAGCUGCUGGAGGCCAUCCUGGAGGGGUACCCCAAAAGCAAGAAGCAAUUCUUCAGGGCGUCGGGGCAGGGUUUGGGCUCUGGGGCGCCGCAGCCCGGAGGGCGGGGAAGGCAAGAGCCAGAGCAGGGACCCUGCGCCACGGCGGCGGGGCCGGGCUCCCAGAAGCCGCCUGGCCGGCCCUAG